AGAGAAAUAAGGAAUCGUUGAAGCCUGUCAGGAGAGGGAAGGAAGUUGGAGAAUGGGACACUCUUCUGGAAAGAAGUGUUUCUAAUUACAGUGAAAUGAGGAGACAUUCACAAAUGUUAUAAACAGGUGGUAUGGUGAUUGGCUCUCACAGAUGUUGAAUGAAUAUGAUGUGUGUUAUCAUGUUAAAAGAAGCUCUGUUCAGAUGUGGAGUUUUUCUAAUGUGAGUGCUGUGUUCAUGUUGAAUGCUGUAAUGCUGAUCUCUGACCAUGGUGUGGAGCUGAAGCCACAAGGACUGCACAAGCUCAGGGAAGGCAGGAUGGAGGAGGAGCUGUGUCAGAGGAGUGGAAUAUGUUUGAAUGGGGGGCUUGGCUUAGCAGGGGGUUGGCUUACCAAGAGUAUGUAAGGCCUGUUCCUGGUGUGGGCAGUGUGCCUGUGGCUGUGCCUCUGGCUGUGGGGGAAAAAAAUCAAGAUCAAGAACUCAAAGGCUGUGUAAUUCUGAUGGAUCCAAAGUUGUGAAAUCCCUUCUGAGGUCCCUGUGCCCUCAACGUGCCUUGGGAAACAACAGCAGGACAGGCAUCAGAGAGGAUCCAGCAGGAUGGGAAUGGAGAGCUCCUGGUGAUCUGGGCAUUUCCUUCUCCAUGUUACUGACCUGGGAGGAGCUGCCUCAGGACAUGGACCCCAAAGGAUAAAGAGAUACCAGGAAGCGCCGCUGAUCUGCACAGACCCCCUUUGCCUGCUGCUGCCCCACACUGAACAGAAAGUUGCCAGCCCAAAGUGUGGCCAGGAUGAAUCUUGAUUGUGACUGAAUCCCAUCUCUUGGGGCCCUGUAAAGAGCAGUCCAAAAGAAGACCCUUGGAGCUCUCCUGGCCCCAGCAGUUUGUAAAUCACGCCUAACACAUUAGGAAGAAGAAAUUCUUUACCUCCAUGGACACACAGAAGGAUCUCUCCUUGUUCUGCAUGUGGUGAGACUUUACAAUGGGUUUUGUCCAUUACUACCACACACAGUCAUUACUGUGUGCUUCUUGUGUAAUACACAAAUUUCACCUUCCUAAGACAUAUUUCCAUAAAUUCACCUCCUUCUCAAAGUCCUUUCAUGGCCCUGGACGAUCAUGCAGAGGGGUCUCAGGUGGACAUAUUCACUGAGUGCUGUGAUAUUAAUUGUAACCUUGCCCUUAACUUUUCCUUUGACCAUGUGCUAUUGCUUCUUGUUAGAGAAAUUCCCCCAAAACCACUGCAGGCCUCUUCAUCUGUUUCUCCACUGGCUCCAGCCACAUUUACCAUCCUGUGUUCUCCUGAAGAGCACAGGGGAGCUGGGCUUUCCUCCCUCCUGGGUCCUAGAAGUCUACAGCCAUGAGGAACAGAGACACUGCCAGGUUCCCAGGUGGAGCAGGGCAGCAUCAGGGCUGUUGGGGAGAAAAAGGAGCCCCGGGGACAGUCUGGGCUGUUGGAGGCACUUUCGUAGGGGUCAGGGGACCGUCAGAAGGGGGCUGGAGGUGAUCUGGAUGCCGGCAAUCCCAAAUCUCCCCACUGGAGGACAGCAGAGCCUGACCAACCACGCUUGACCAACCAGGAGGGAAACCUGUGGGGUGCAAUAGGAUUGGGUGAGGAUGGGGUCCAGGGAGUAGGAUAGGAUCGCUAUAUGACAGGGAGCAGCUCAGUUGUUCUUCCUUGGGCCCAGGGAAGGCUUUGGCAAUGAUCCCAGUGCUCUUCCCAGAAUGGGAGUUGUAUCUGACAAGCAGCCAGAUGCUUCACCAGCACUGCCAGCACUGCCAGCAUUCCAGCGCCACCAGCAUCACCAGCAACCCACUGCUGCUGGAGGGACAAUGACCCCUCAGGGAAGAGAAAUCUGGAAUGGUAGAAACCUGUGGGAAGUGGGAAGAUAGUUGGAGAAUGGGAAAUUCUGCAGGGAAGGAAUGUUUCUCAUCAGGAGGAAAUGAGGAGCCAUUUGCAAAAUAUUUAAUUUGGAAUUUUUGAAAAAUUUAAUUUCCUCUGUUGGAGAAAAAAAAAAAAACACGAUAAGUAAUUCUGAGGAAGUGAAACUCUGACGUAGCCAAAGAUGCAAGUUCUGACUCCCCCGUGACUCCACUGAGUCUGCAGGAGCAACACCAGGGCAGGGCACAGAAAGAGACAGCAGGAUGGGAGUGGGGAGCUCCUGGUGAUCUGGGCACUUUCUCCUUUAUGUUACUGACCUAGGAGGAGCUGCUUCAGGACAUGGAUCCCAAAGAAGCAAGAGCUACCAGAAAGCACCGCUGAACUGCACAGACCCCCUUUGCCUGCUGCUGCCCCACACUGAACAGGGAGCUGCUGUGGAGCCCCAUGGUCCAUCCGUGGAUUCUCCAACCACUGACUCCCAUCCACGCUGACCACAGCCAGGGGCCACAUCCCACGGCCUGCAGAGUGUCCAUCCAUGGAGGUGACCACUGUGUCCCCAUCUCCUACCUCACCCACUGAAAGAGAUGAUCUCUGUGAGAUAGAUGUCACCAACGUGGCCAUAUACAGUGUGGCACUGCUCAUCUGCCUCUGUGGGCUGGCUGGGAACGGGGCUGUCAUUUGGUUCCUCAGCUCCCGCCAUGUGUCCAGGAACAGCACCACCCGUUACAUCCUCAUUCUGACUGUUUCUGACUUCCUCUUCCUCCUCAUUCUGGUCCCCUCCAGUCUGCUUUUCCUGCUGGAGGACGUGUCCUGCUCUGUCAUCAUGCCCUUGCCGUAUGUCUGGGUGCUUUCCCAGCUGUGUCUAAUGUCCUACAUCACGUGGCUGUACGUGCUGACAUUCAUCAGCAUCCAGAGGUGCAGGUCCAUCCACUGCCCGAUCUGGCACUGCUGCCACCGUCCCAAGCACCUCUCAAAGGUGGUGUGUGCCCUGCUCUGGGUAUUCUCCAUCAUUGUCUUCACUCUCUUUGCCACAUGGUUUUCCCUGUGUAUGUCCCAGCUACCUGAGCACUGCCGGGUGUCUCUCAUCUCCAGGUACACCUUCGACCUCCUCCUCUGUGCUCCUUUCAUGCUCAUUUCCAGCACAAUCCUCUUCAUUAAGGUCAAAUCUGGCUCCAACCAGCAGCAAGCCAAGAGGCUUGAUGUUGUUAUCUGCCUCAUUGUUCUCCUCACCCUGCCCCUCAGCCUCAGGAAAUUACUGCAGCUGCUCAGCUAUACCAUUUUCUCCAAUCAUGUGGCUUUCCUGCUCACCUGUAUCCACAUCUCCAUCAAACCCUUUAUCUACUUCUUGGCAGGGAGCUGUUGGAGGCACUGCUCUAUGGGGUCCCUCCGGCUCUCCCUCCAGAGGAUCUUUGAGGAGCCAGAAGAAAACCCUGCUGAUAUCUGUGAUCCUGCCAUGGAAGCUGUGCUCUGAGUCUGGUGAUACCUCCUGCUGCUCUGCCGAGGGACACUGGGACAGUGGCUGAGGAAUUCCUUGAGCCCCCUGAUGAAUAAAUCUCUAAAGUGUCACCCUCUUUCAUGGU